GCUUUGACUCACAACAAUGACAGAGGUAACAAAAACAAAAACGAUUUUUCACUAAUCAUUGAAAAAACGCAAAAUUACUGCAAAAAUCCAAUUUUUCCGCUUCGUAAUUGUGCUGACUUUGUGCAUAGGAAUCGUCCUCGAAAAAGAAAGUCAUCACCCUCCUGCACUGAUUGCACAAAGAGGAAGAGAAAAAAAAAUCCAUAAAAAUACAAGACCCAAUCAGCUGCGAAGAAAAAAUCGAAAUCGAAGGUGAAAAGUGCGCUGUCCCGUUGUCGUCGUUUAUCGGUCGGUGCUAUACGGAUCAAAGUCUGCCAUCUGAUCUCUGUCCAGAGGGAGGGCAUCGCCGGAGCGAAAACAUUGUGCAAUGAAUAGGGGCCCGAACUGGGGCGAACUUCCGGCCCUCGUCCUGACGAACCUGUACCAGCAUCUGUCCUACCAUGACCGUCUGCAGGUUUCGUCCGUGUGUUGGCACUGGCGGUCGGUUCUCUUCCAGCCCAGAUUUUUCAAGGACAUCCACUUCGAUGUGGCCCGAGAGAACAACAAGAAGAACAGUUUCCUACUGCAAUCGCUGGCACACAUAGUGAGCGAGGCGAAGAUUUCUUUCGAUUCCUGCAACCUGUACGACGUUGAAUUGGCAACGGAAAUCAUGUACAAACUCAGCAAAAGCUCCUGUCUGGUUAGCCUGUCAUUGCGUCCAAAGUACGCCACCCUGGUCACACCGGGACGAUUCUACUCCGAAGAGGAAUGGAACUACAUCUAUAAGUUGUUCGUAGAACCGAUCAAGGUUUUGCUAGGGCGUCAAAAUCCUCCGCUGAAGGAAUUGGACCUAGGUUGUUCCGAGAUUCUGUCGCUCCAUGCUGCCGAUUUCCUCAGUAGCUGCUCUCGUCCGCAACUCCUCAAGCAGUUGGGAUUUGCCUCGGUCAAACAGGAUCCCAGCCAUUAUGCGCUGAGCUCGAUCGAGUCGACCCUUUUCGAGAAAUGCAACGCCCUUCAGUAUCUGUCGCUGGACUACGACAUUAUGUGUGAUGAUUUUUUGCAAACGUUGCAGCUGUUGCCCCUCAAGCGCUUGGUAGUGCACGUCCAUGGGCUGGACGAGGAGCAUCCGGGCGUAUCGGAGGGUGCUUGGGCCAGUUUCCGUGCCAAGAAUCCGCAGGCGGAGCUACACUUGACGCUGGUUUGCGCUUACGAGGCGGUCGACAUGCUGCACAGUCAUAUUCUGCGUCCGUCGAUGCCGCUGUCGCAUCUGAAGGUGCUAUUCUGCGAGAGGAUCAAUUGUGACGCUCUGGAGUACCUCUCUCGUUAUUACAAGGAAACUUUGAAGAGUAUGAUUUGGGUUGACUCGAUGCGCAUCCAAGAGUACCGGAACAUCAUGGAGAUGGUGCUGCGCACUGAGCAGGAUCCCCUAGUAAUGAUGGCCUGGCGCUGUAAGAAACUCGAGGAAAUUGUUAUUCACGGUUAUGUGCUGGAUCCACAUAACCUAGUUGGAAUUUCGCGUCUACGGGGCAAGGAUCUGAAGGUGCUGGAGGUGUCCCGGAUCGACCUAUCGAUGCCUUCCGUCAUGAUAAAUCCAUUUAUUGAGGAAAUAAGCACCCAGCUUGGUCAAAACUGGGUCCCGCUGGAUGCCAAAACGCUACCGCCUGCCCUCGGAUUCUACCCGGUAUCGGACGACGUUCGCGAUCAAUACAUCCUUCGGUACAUUCGCAACGGCGUCGCGGCUUAAGUUCCGCGCUCCGGUAAGUACCUAGCACUACCUAGUACACGCCCAUACAGACGACCCACACACUCCACGCGGGUCGUCCUACAUUAGAAUGUGGAUGUUUAGCUCAAUGUGCUUAAGGUUCGCCGCGGUGACCGACCGACCGAUAGGACGCGGUCGCACAUCACUCAAGGCACGGAAUCGAGUUCUUUAGCUCGUUGCCCCUGGUCAUCGUGGUCAUAAACAAAGGAGCC